CUACAUUUACAUUUAUGCAUUUAGCAUACGCUUUUAUCCAAAAACUAAAAAAUCUAAAAAUGCAAAUUCCAUGUUGCCCGUUUCUAGUGACUCCCCUGUCCACCAGUUGUGCACCUGCAUGUAGUCUUUGUUUUUGACCUUGUGUGGUUUCUCUCCCUCCCAUUGACUCUAAUCAAAUGUGUGACCUGCCAUCUCUGGCUCUCCACAGGUGUAGUUCACGCUCAUUGCUCAUAAAGAGCCUCACCUCACUCCUGCCCCCUGCAGGCUGAUUCGCACAUGCCCUCUCUGCAUUAACUCACUCUCGCCCCCUGCAUGUUGACUCAAUCCCUACAUCUCAUGUGAACCUCAUAAAGUAGCUCUCCUCCGGAUAAUACCACAAAACUGGUCCAAUCUUAAUGUGUUGAAUCCAAAAGACUGGGGAUAUUUUUGGUGAAUAAUGGCUUAAAUAUUUGACUGUUAUUCACAGAAAGCUAUCAUGUGGCUUCAAAAGACACAGGCUAUAUAGAACCUGAGUCAUAUAGACUUCAUGAUAUAUAUUUUUGUCAGAAUCACAGCCGAAAUCCGAAUACAGGUCGUUUUCCAUCAAACGUUCCUGCUAGAAUGUGCCUGGUGUUCGUGCAUAUUAUCAAAGUCUUUAUUAUGGGUGAAGUGCUGUGGAGAAACAGCCACGUUGAGUGAGUGGUGCUGUAAAACAGAUUCAUUUACUUAAUCUUUUUAGACAAGCUGCCUGAGUGCUAUUGCUAUAUUUCAUUUAUAAUGGCUUUAAUGGUACCGAUAUUUUUUUCUGGUGAUGUCUAAGCUCUAUUUUAUAUCCUUGAAAGCGUGUUGGUCUGAUAGGAACAGACAUGGAUGUAUAGCAGGGCCGUCAAAUCCUUCAAGGCAGCAUGACUGGUUACCAGUAUGCUUUACCAUCAUUCUUUAUCAUUUAUUUCACUCAGAAGGGCUUCAAUGUUACCAUAAUUCAUUCUGGUGAUGUCUGAUAUCUUAAAAAGCAUGUAAACAGCUGCAGAUUUACAGCAGGGUCUCUAAAUCUGACAAGAAAGCAUAACAGGCCACCGAAAUCCAUUGUCUGGUGUCUAAAAAUAGUACUUAAGUACAGUAAUCAAGUAAAAUUACUCAAAUAUUUUACACCUCUGGUAAUGUCACCCAAAUUCAGUUAGGUACUGUCUAAACUCAUGUUCAUAUUUCAUGCUCUAUAAAACAUUGUGGUCUUAUGUGAGCAGAGACAUUUACAGCAGGGUCACCAAAUCCGACAACACAGCAUUAGAGGAUACCAAAAUCUGUACCGAAAUCUGUCGCACAGAAUGGCUUUAAUGUUACACUAAUUCACCCUGGUAAUGUCUAUCCGCCUCUGUUUUAUAUUUUAGAAAACUUUUUUGUUCUGAGGUGAACAGCCGCAGAUAUAAAACAACAGGGACAACAUAGAAUGUCUUUAAUGUUACCCACAUUCCCUCUGGUGAUGUCUAACUUUCUGUAUUUUAUAUCUUAGAAUAGAUUUGGGUCUGAUGUAAACAUACACAGAUACAGCAGGGUCACCAAAUACAAGAACACAGCAUUAAAGAUUACAGAAAUCCAUCACCCUCCAUGUUUUCCCACAGAAUUGCUUUCAUCUUAUACUCCGGUGAUGUCUAACUUCCCCCGUUUGCAACUCUAGAAUCAUUUUGUUUAGACAUAAACAGACACCGAGAUAUAGCAAGGUCACCAAACCUGACGAGGCAUUAUUGAAUAUAAGUUUUAAAUAGUUUUAAAGAUUUAUGCUAAUAUGCUUCUCAAGUAAAUGUAGCUUUAAAGGAUAAUUUUUUAUGCUUUGUAUUUAUGCAUUUGUUUAACUAUUUUGUAAAUAUCAGCGGAUUUUAAAAUUAUGAUUACACUGAAAUUCAUAAAAGAAAAAAGCAACAGGCAUGUAUGGUUUAAAAAGGAAAACAGAAAGUGCAAAUAAAUGCAUUGUAAGUUAUGGUUAAAGCCUGUGUCAAAGGUGUAAUUCUUUAUAAUUGUACGUUUCUCAACUUUUUACAUUUCACUUAAGAGUUUGGUUUGUUUUUACACCUGUUAAUGUGUAGCUGGAAGCACAAACCCAGUCACGUCAAAGUUGAUUUGUUAUCAUUUGUCUUCUUCGCAGAAGGUAAAGAAACCAAAUACAGUGUCUCCAGGAGCCACAGGGCAUGUAGUUUUGAAUAUAAACAGAAUAUGUGUUUCAGGCCUGACGUCAUCGUAACCUGUUUGCAUAUGUCCUUCUGUGUACACUAUACUUGUACACAGUUGAUGCCUGGUAACAAUAGAUAACUCAAGCAAACAGAGUUGCUUAAAAACCUGAGAUUCUGUCUGCUCAUCUUAAGUGAAACUGGGUGUGUCUGCUUCAGAUUUAAAUCAACUGCAUUGAAGCACAGUCUUGCAGGAACCCUAACAGAUGGAUGGUGGGCUCAUGUGCCCCCAAAGUGAACUUUCAGAUAGACGGGCCACCUUGUUUGCCAUGUCAGUGUGACACCAAAUCAUCAUGAGAUCUGCAGUCAUAUGCAAAGCAGACAGGCUGUAUGGAGACGGUUUCCUGCUCUCUUUGAUAACAUGACUGGAAGCCAGCUGGACUUUGGCCAUCUCUGUAGGCUGACAGGUGAUUCAGGUGGUCUGACGAAGGAAGAUUAGGGAGUGUCUUUGAUUUUACUGGAUUAAUGGAAUUUCAUAAGGGCUGUGGAUGCUGGUGUGACAGGAACUGAGGAAACAUGUAUAUUUUUAGACUCAGUCUUUUUCUUCUGACCACUACGGUGGCCUCCGCUCAGCUGCAGCUACAGCCUCUGAAUGCAGCGGUGCUCCGUGGGUCAAAGGCUCGCUUCAACUGCAGCACAACUCAGCCCCCAUCUGUCAUGAACUGGAUGGUCAACGGACGCUUGGUCAUCACCAUUCUGGAAGCGUCUGGGGUGUUUAACUUCACAGAUCGUUUUUCGGCCCAAAAUUUCACCACACCUGGAGAUUACAAAUGGGAGUUUAUAAUUAGCAACGUGCAGAGAGACGAUGCGGGUGAAGUUACCUGUCAGGUUUUGGGUGGAGCGCCUCAAUUGGCCACACUAUCUAUACAAGAAAGUGGCAGUGUGGAAAUCGUAGGUGGAAAUCAGACCAAAACGGAGGGAGUUCAGACAGAGUUUCAGUGCAGGGCUGUGGGCUGGUUUCCUGAACCCAGCAUGUCCUGGUCUGUAAAUGGAAUGGCAAAUUCCUGCAACAGAAGCUCUGUAGCACAGGGAAACCUGUUUAACUCCAUCUGCGCGCUGACGGUCACUGCUGUCAAAAAUUCUUCUGUUCAGUGUCUGGUCAGUGUGCCUGCCCUGAGCACACCGGACACCAGCACUGUCUUUCUGACCGUUGAAAAGCUUGCUAAAAGAGACCAGACGGUGUUGAUCGCUGUCACUGUGGCCUUCAGUGCUGCGGCUCUAUUGUUUCUAAUCAUCUACGCAAUUUUUUUCUUCUGCAUGAGAAGGAAGAAAAAGUCAAGCUACCAAGAGGAGAUCAGGAGGGCAAGAAUCCAGUCCCAGAUUAGGACGCCUUCCACAGAAAAUGUGCAAGGACAGGACAACGGAGGAUAUAUUAGAGAUGGACAUGAUGGAAACACCACCAAUGGAGUCUGGUACACAAACCAUUCUGACAAACAUCAGAUGACAGGUAUUUUAUUUGAUGAUGCUCACAGGAAGCACAGACACAUGACCAUCGUCUAGAGACUAAAUGAUGGACUUCACAGACAGGUGUUCUGGUUCUCUUCUUCUCUCUUGUACAUAAAAUCAUCAUUUUAGUUUUAAUUACAGAGGAAAGAGAGACAGAGGGACUUAUGGUGAUCUGUUUCAACUCCACUGGAUUAUUUAUUGGAACACAAGUAUUUUCUUGGUGGUCUCUGACUUUUGUACCCCAAUGAUUACUGUAGAUAAUCACCAAGAACUUUAACAGAUAAACAUGGUCAAAAUAAGGAUGGUCGGGUUGGUAAAGACCGGCCGGAAAUCACUUGUCUGUUUAGCUAAACAAACCAAUAUGACAGAAACAUUGAUUCAUUUUAAAAUCCUUCAUGCAUUUCCAAGGCAGGUUUGUUUGAAUCAACAUCUUCCUGUUUUCUACUGAAUCAAAAACAUGAUCAGCAUAUGACACAACACACCCCAUGAGAGUUUUAAACCAAUUAAACCAAAAGAUAUUUCAUGAGAAGAUCAUCUUAUGCGACACAUCAUGCUUCACGGAACAUGAUGCGGUUAAUCAAAACCACUGAUCUUUAACUCCUCACAUGCAGGGGAAAAACUGUCAUGUCACUGAAAGUGUCAUGAAAUGGACUGGAACUAUGAUGCUUAUUAAUACAUCAAUUAAUCAAUAGUAUAAAAUGUACACAUUUUUGUGUAGUUUUCACUUAUCUGUGUUUCACACUUUAACAGCUCUAUGAUCCAUUAAAUGGAUUACAAGCAUUUUGAACAAAUGUUUUUUUAUAAACCUAGGUGUAAAUUAUUUGUAUUUUUUUAUUUUCUUGUUUUAAGAAUGAACCUCACUUUUAUGGUUUAAACAAGAACAAUAUUAAGCAAUGUACUAUAAAUUAAUCCAACUUGUAUUUUAUUUUGCUACUCAAUUUUAAUUUGUACAUUCUUAAAAAAACAGAUUAAGAUUUUUUUU